CAGUGUACACCCAGACGGUUGUUCGUAACGCCGAAGACGAAAGGAAAGGAGGUGAACUCGGAUGCUGAGGGGUCGGACCAGGAUGCAGGCACACAGUCAGAUGAUGAUGAGGACGGAGAUGUACUGGGUGGCAAGUUUAAGCCCACGUUGACCCCGCAAAGCUCUGCACGACGGAGGCGUCGCAAGACAGCCUCCACCAAAAAAAAAGCAAAGAGGCCCAAGAAGCAGGAUCUCAGCCGAGAUGAUGAUGACCCCCCGUCCGCGCAGGAAGCAUCCGAACCGGAUCCAGAGCAUGCCGCCGAGACAACACAACCGCCAGGUUUUCAAGACAGCAGCAACCAGCAGAGAGCAGAAGAAGCAUAUGCUUCUGAGCUUGACAUUCUUCGUGGCAAGCUCGGUGAUGAUUUGCUCUCCGUGCUGCCUGGAUCCGCUUCCAAGACUCUUGUCUUUGCUCAUUCCGCUAGGAUUCUUUCAGUGCUUGCUCGCAGUCUCCAACUCUUGUGA